AGGUCUGGUGCUGCAGAUUCAUACACGAGGCUGAGUUCUGGUGCAUAAGUGUCUUGACCAGUAAGAUGCAUGGACUGAAACUAUGGUUUGCUCUGCUUCUGUCGCUGAUCUUCUGUGUUGAGAGCCAAGGUUCUAGCUCAGUGCCUCUGCAACAUGUAAAUACCACCGGGAAAGAACCGUACUUCGCUCCAGUCUGCGGAAAUACAACCGAGGGUUUCAUCAUAUUUCUACAAUGCACCAUCAUAACAGAGAGAAACAGCGGAUCACAGUGUGAACUUUUGUAUUAUCAUGGAAAGGACUUUGAGAACAGAUGUGACUCCAGGUUCAGAUUAAUGACGGAGAAUCAGACUUUGUUCCUUCAUCUGAGCAGCUUGACUCCAGAGGAUGAGGUGAUCGUCACCUGUGAGUGUUCAAGUCUUGAUGGAACAUUUCUUCUGCGUCUCAAUGUCACUGUGGAAGAGGAGGCAAUCGCCAGCAUCUUGUCUGAAGAGCUAAUUCCUUAUGUUGUAAUCGGUGUAAUUCUCUUCAUGGUUACAUCUGGAGCGAUCCUGGGACUUAUCUGCAGAAACACUUACAACGGACGACAACAGGAAGCCACCAGCGGUCGUCCAGACGUGGUACUGAGCACCAAAACCUUUGUUUCUUAUCAAAUAAUCCAAUAACAAAAUGACCGGGUGUUGCUCAACAAGGAACCAGGAGACAUUGAGCCAUACAGCACCUUCACCCAGAGAGAGAGGGGACUUUAUUCUGUUGUUAAAAUAUCCAGAUUUAAUUCAUAUUACAUUUCAAGAAAGAAAUAAUUCACGUGUGUUUGCAGGAGAUGAAACAGAUUCAGGGACAGUUCUGUAGCAUCUUCCUCCAUGUGAUGCUUGUUUUCAUGUUGAUGUAACAAACUUAACUUUGGGCUU